AUGCUUCUCCCGAUUUCGGAUGUUCUGGGUGAACUGGAUUCAUCGUUGCACGCGGAGCGGCUUCUGCGCAAUCUGCUUUGUUCAGUUUCGGAGAACACCUUGACAAGGUAUCUGGCCAGUGUCCACAAGUUCAUCUUGGUUUCUGAGGAGUUAUCAUUGGAUAUCGGGUCUUUAAAGCAGGUCAACGUUGCCGAUAUUCUUUUGUCGCUGCAUAGGGGGGAUGUUCACAUCUCCAAUGCUCUGAAAGCUCUUCGUUGGGCGGCUAAAGCACUGCGCCUGCGGCUUCCGGAUCUCUAUGGCGGUCUGCUGCUGGGGGUUGAAUCUAGGGUUCUUUCGGAUCGCAAGGAGGCUUUACCACUCCCGAUUUUCAUUUUGGCAGCUUGGGAACGCCUCCUCUUGAGUGAGGAGGGGGAGCCUGGGUUUCGACUGUUUAUCGGGGGUCUUCUGGUAGCGGCGAAUGCCAGUUUGCGCUUCAGCGAUUGCCAGCAUGUCUUAUGGUCCUCACUGCAGGCCGGUCGGGACUGUCUCAGGGCCAUCUCUUACCGCACUAAGUCUUCUCGGCGAGGCAUGCCAUUUGGACUGGUCUCCUGUGGUUUUUACGGGGACACUGCUGCAUAUUAUCACUCCUGGGUUUGCAAAUAUUUGUUUCUCCUGGGUUGCGAAUGGGAUCAUAUCACGGAGCGUUUUGGGGAGACGGUCCCCGAUGCUCUCUUCUUUUUGUCAGACGAAAUGGAGUGGAGACCGAUGUCAUACGCCCAGGCGUUAUCGGCCUUCCGAGGUGCAUUAGUGGCGGCAGGGCUCUCGCCGCAGGAGGCUGGUAAUUACACGUUGCACUCGUUGAAGACAACCUUAUUGGCCUCGCUGGCUCAACUUCAGGUUUCUUUCAAGAAACGGGGUUUGCAAGGCCAUCAUCGUUCUUCUACCAAUGGGUGUGUUUUGCUGUACAGCCGAGAUGAUGUUCAUGGCGCUCUGUCUCUUCAGCAGAUGUUUUGGGACAAAGUUCGUUCGGGCUGGUUGCCAUUGACUCCACAAGCACGCGGCGGUUUGCACCCAGCCAAGCAAACGAUGAUUGAGCCUCAGGUGUUUUCUUUCCACACCUCCCCGGCUCAUUUACGCUUUCCUGUCGAGGACAUAUCAGCCCUCCCGGUUGCAGCUCAGGUGACGCCUCCUGCCCCGCCCGUCCCUGCCCCAGAGGAGGUGGAGCCUGCUGGCGAUUCGGAUGUAGAUUCGUCUUCCUCGUCUACAUCCUCGUCAUCACCAUCGACGCAGCAGACGCGCUCUUGGACAAAGGUGUCGGGUCAAGAAGCAGAGGAGUUUCUGUGGGUGCAGACGUCUUCGGGAUUGAUUCAUUGCGCCUCUCCUCAUAGUGGUCUGGAGGGCAUUGUGGUCGUGCGACCGGACGGCAUGAAAAUCCGAGUGAAGCCCCGUUGUGGGACCAUCGCACGGUCUAUGACCGUUUUGGCUGAUCUGCCGCCAAAUCCGCGCUUUUGCAGGCACAAGGCUUGCCAGGCGAUUGUUUGGGCGACCUAA